AUGACCAAACAAGAUAAACCCAAGGUCGACCCCUUCAAAUCAUUUAUAGCAGGAGGUACCGCAGGUGCCAUAGAAGGUGCCAUAACCUAUCCUUUCGAAUUCGCCAAAACCCGACUCCAGCUCAUCUCCAAAACCUCAACCCAAUCCCGUAAUCCCUUAGUCCUAAUCUACACCGUGGCCAAAACCCAAGGAAUAUCCUCUCUCUACGUCGGCUGCCCGGCAUUCGUGGUUGGAAACACCGUGAAAGCCAGUGUCAGGUUCUUGGGGUUUGAUUCGAUUAAAAAACUCCUAGCUGACAAGAAUGGAAAACUAUCCGGCCCCAGGGGGGUGAUUGCCGGAUUGGGUGCCGGGUUAUUGGAGAGUGUGAUUGCUGUUACACCAUUCGAGGCGAUCAAGACGGCGUUGAUUGAUGAUAAACAGAGUCCUAAACCCAAGUAUCAAAACGGAUUAAUAUCGGGUUCGAUUAAAUUAUGUCGUGAUUUAGGAUUUAAAGGGAUUUAUGCCGGUGUAUUGCCCGUAUCGAUGAGACAAGCGGCGAAUCAAGCUGUUAGAUUGGGGUCAUAUAAUGCUAUCAAGACCAUGAUUCAACAAUCCCAAGGUCGGAAACCGGGACAGGCAUUGAGUUCGGCAGCCACGUUUGCGGUGGGGAGUUUUGCGGGGAUUAUUACGGUAUAUACUACCAUGCCUAUCGAUACUGUCAAGACGAGAAUGCAGGCAUUGGGGGCGGAUAAGAAGUAUACUAGUACUGUGAAUUGUUUUGUUAAGAUAUUUAGAGAGGAAGGGUUGUUGACUUUUUGGAAGGGAGCUACUCCUAGAUUAGGGAGGUUGGUGCUUAGUGGAGGGAUUGUUUUUACAAUCUAUGAAGAGAUGUUGAUCAUUAUGAAAUAG